CAAAAUAAAACUUAAAAGAUUUGAAGUCGCUUUUAUAGUGGCAUCUGUUGGCCAACUGUUGGUAUUGCGAAUUCAAUCAUUAAAGGCAAGACCAUACAAUGAAUACCGAUGAGUGUUUGACGCUACUAGGGCCGUGGCGUCACGUGACCUUUGCUGUUUGCCUGCGUAUCCUACAACAUCCAGCCGUGUCGAGUACGAGUAGUCUGCUUCGAGUGUAUGAUCACUAGCUAGCAGAUACCAACAUAAUGGAUUUCAACGUGAAGAAAAUAGCAUCCGGUGCUGGAGUGUUUUUCACGCGGGCUGUGCAGUUCACAGAGGAGAAGCUGGGCCAGGCAGAGAAGACGGAGUUGGACGCUCACUUUGAGAACCUGAUGACCCGCGCAGACUGCACCAAACUGUGGACUGAGAAAAUCUACAGACAGACUGAAGUUCUGCUGCAGCCCAACCCAAGUGCCAGGAUUGAAGAGUUUCUCUAUGAGAAGUUGGACAGGAAGGCCCCCUCCAGAAAUACCAAUGCCGAGCUGCUUGGCCAUUACAUGCAGGAUGCAGCAAAGGAGUUUGGUCCUGGAACUCCGUAUGGGAGUACUUUGAUGGAGGUGGGGGAAUGUGAAAGAAGAUUAGGAGCUGCAGAGAGGGAGUUCCUCCAGACAUCUGCCAUCAGCUUUCUCACCCCGCUCAGGAACUUUCUUGAAGGUGACUGGAGGACAAUAUCCAAAGAACGACGUCUUCUGGAAAAUCUUCGCUUGGACCUUGAUUCCUGUAAAGCCCGCCUGAAGAAGGCCAAGGCGGCUGAGGCCAAGGCUGCGACAGCUCCAGACUUUCAGGAGACCAGACCCCGAAACUAUGUGCUUUCUGCCAGUGCAUCUGCGCUCUGGGGUGAGGAACUGGAAAAAGCUGAGCAUGAGCUCAGAGUGGCCCAAACUGAGUUUGAUCGGCAAGCAGAGGUCACACGGCUGCUCCUGGAGGGCAUCAGCAGUACACAUGUGAACCACCUGCGAUGCCUGCAUGAGUUUGUGGAGGCCCAGGCAGCCUACUACAAGCAGUGUGACUUCCAUGUGAAAGAACUACAGAAAGAGCUGAGCAGUUGUGAUGAGCACGUGCUUCCCAAUGCGUUUGCAGUGAACUCCACUCACGCUGUAGCUCCGGCGGGCUCUGCAUCAGAAGGCACCAGCAGCCCGGUGGAGAUGGACACACUGAAGAUAGAGGAAGUUCAGGCCCCAGCUAGUGGGACCCGGAAGGCCAAAGUCCUUUAUGAUUAUGAUGCUGCUGACUCCAGCGAGCUCUCCCUUUUGGCGGACGAGCUCAUCACAGUGUACACGGUGCCGGGGAUGGACUCUGACUGGCUGAUUGGAGAGAGAGGGAACCAGAAAGGAAAAGUGCCUGUUACAUACCUGGAGCUCCUCAGCUAAACAACACAGAUGCACUUUAAACACACACCAUUGACACACACAUGCAUAAGCGUGUGUUUAUGAUUACUACUGAAGCCAUGGUAUAUCAUUUGCUCAUUACAUUUGACACUAACCUGUACGUUUCAACAUCAUGUUCAAACACACACUCCCACCCCCACACUGGAGACAUUGUUACAGUGUGUGCAGGAGAGUCAACAUUCCUUUUGGAUCUGUUUGGUGGAUGAUUGUGAUGAUUUUCUCAGUUUUUAUUUAUUACCUAUUUAUUGCUGUGCUUCCCAAUAGUCAUACUGUCAUUAGAGGGAUUUCCAUCCAAAUGAGUGUGGCCGCAUAGACUUCACGGAGUUUGUCUUCUGCAGCAGUGUGGACCAAACAAGCAUGCAAUAACAACGCCUCCAAGAUUCUCUUGAUGAAGGGCUGAUAUAGUCUUGAAAAUAAAAGUUGACAGAAUACAGGUUGUUGACAGAUCCUUCAUUGCUGUGGUUCCUUUUGAAAUUCCCUGAAACUAGCAGGUAUAUUAUUCAUUUAUUUUGCAAAUGAAAGAUGUGACUUCUUCCUUUUUUCAUGGAGGUUUUUUCCCUUACUCAACUCUUUGAUAACAGGUUUGCCUUAACUGCUUUGAGAUGAAUGUGAUUCCUGUGUUAUUAACAGCCAUUGAGUCAUGUCACUGUGGUUUUGAUUACAUUUGUUUUGUCCUUGGCGCACAUUUUCACAGCGCUGGAGGAUGUUCCUUUGAAUUUGAAUCACCUUGAAAAACCAUGCCCCUCCCCUGCCCUAACUGCCUUAUUAAUAUGAUGAGAAAGAACUGCUAAGAGCUAAAAACUUGCUUCUCUCAACAUAAUGUCCGACACUUGUACACGGCUGCAUGCAAGACUGCAACUACUCUGAAAAACGUGUGUGUGCAUGGGGGAUUUUCUGUUUGCCCGUUUUGUGUUUUCUGAGUUAACAACGUUACUGUUUGCCGCUGCUUUGUCUGUUUAUAAAAGUGUCACCAGUGUUAGUGCUGCACGUGCUACAGCAAGCAGCCUGUCCUGCUGGACAUGUUGUGAUUGGGUUUGUGUGGGAACUGCAGCACCAAUAUGUUUGCAACCAUCUGGUUUGUGUACACAUGCAUGCAUGCACAAUUUCUUUUUUACCCACCAUCAUCAUAAGGGUUUGUGAAAUUAGCUAAAUCCUUGAAGAUACAAAGUCUGCCAUCAGAGGUAGAGGAGCUUUGUGUCCUGCUCUCUACUCUGCUCAUUGCAUUUAUUUUGGAAGAACUUUUCUUUUCAAAUGUUUAUAAUUGUACUGCUGUGAUUCUGUUUACCUCAUAUUGUAGUAAUAUUAUUAAAUUAUUGUUAUUAUUAUUAUUAUUAUAUAUUUUGUCAAAACAUGUAUUGCCUGUUCCUUACCCAUGCUGAAUGAUUGGAUAGUAUUGAACUUAAUAAAAAGUAAGAUUUA